UCGCGAUAGGCAUGUGCACUCUUGGGCUUUGACGGUCUACGCAGAUAGCGUGAUCUUCAGCAGCGACCCUGUGACUUCGAAUGAAUGGGCCUCAAUGUAAGCGGCCAUGAAAUGAUUCAAAGCAUUUCUCCCUCCGAAUUUUCAAACGUUUCUGAGCAUCGUGCUCAUCCACAAUUUUCCGUCAUCUGUUGCCUUCUAUUGUUGGCUCAUUUCUCCUCCGCUCCUGAAUGCUGCGCCCUGGCCUAACUCCAUCCACAUCAUCUCAUGCGACAUCCACCACCCCUACCUUUUCCACGAAACUCAACAAGAGGGAAGAUCUUCCGCCCAUGCCUGCUCCUCAAACUCACCCAAUGUUUCUAAAAGGCUGAUGUGUAUGGUAUGACCGCAAUGAACAGCCGCCACAAUGAGUCUCGAUCUCAAGCACAUUCCCUGCCCAGCCGGCAACAGUUGCACCGCUUUCAAAUGCAUCUUUGGCCAUCAAAGGGACAUCAAAGCUCCCACUGUCACAACUCCGCAAGUCGAUGACGCACAGCAGUUCAAAGCAGGGAGAGACAGCGGACCGCCAAAGAAACGCGUGAAGGUGGACGAUGCACCAUCCGCAAACAACGACCACAAGUCAACGUCGGACGUAGACGCCCUGCCAGGCAGCGUGAGGACGGCCACGAAACAAGUGUCACCACCGCCGCUGAAAAGGCCAUCGACUGUUUCCAAAACAAAUCCGGGAUCCGCGGGAUCUUUGGCCAAAGCCUCUACUGGGUCAAAAGCAGUUUCAAACUCGACUCCCGUUAAACCAAGAAAGGUUGAGACUUUGAAUCCCAGGCUUCUGAAAAGCUCCCCUGCCAGCCAUGAAACACGCACCAAACUAUUGCGAUUACUACAUGGCGAAUACACACGCCUCAAUAAGGAGCUGAAGAAGGAUGCCAGCGCCAGCGAAGAAGAACUCGUGCUCUCGGAUCAAGACAUAAUCUUCAAAUCGCUCGACGACGAGGAGAAAACUGCCCUGGAGAAACCUUCUGUAUACUCCAACGUCAUGAAGAAUAUGGUUAUGCAGUACAAGCGUAUGAAUACUGCCCAGUGGAAGGAUGAACGCAAACAAGCUAUCGCCAAGCUUGCUCCCAAGGACACCAACGACGCCAGCGUACCGAAGAAUAUCGAGACUGGACUGCCCCCAGCUUUAGAAGUCCAGAUUCUGCGACGUCUGUUGACACCGAUCCAGAACCUAGCGAAUCAUGGCUAUGUGCCUUCCGUACCGAAACCAGAAGACAUACAGAAAGCCAAGGACGGGCAGGAAACAGCAAACGGCUGGGAGCAAUGUGAUCGAUGCAAGCAGCGCUUCCAGGUAUUCCCAGGCCGCCGCGGCGAAGACGGCGCACUCACCUCGGGCGGGAUGUGCAGAUAUCACUGGGGCAAGCAGUAUGUCCCCCUCAAGCACCCGGGGGAUCGCUCAAGGAGAGAAAAGCGAUGGAAGUGUUGUACCGAGGAAGUUGGCGAGUCAGCAGGCUGUCAUACGGAAGAUUUCCACGUCUUCAAGGCGAGCAAGGCCAACAUGCUGGCCGCAGUCAUGAAUUAUAGAGAAACACCCCCCAAUCCGUCUGCGCCUGCAGACCGAGCUGUGGCGUUUGAUUGUGAGAUGGGAUACACUGUCCAUGGUCUGGAGCUCAUCCGCCUUACUGCAGUAUCAUGGCCAGCUGGGAAGGUACUCCUCGACGUGCUUGUACGUCCCAUCGGCGAGAUAUUGGAUCUGAACAGUCGCUUCUCUGGUGUAUGGCCAGAUGACAUGGCCCGCGCAACACCCUGGAACGAAUCGUAUCCUCCUCCCUUGGCAGCAGAGCCUGCAGUGUCUGAAGAUUGGGGCAGCGAAGAUGGUCAGGUCGCUAAGAAGGUCCUGCCCAUUGUUCCCUCUCCUGAAGCGGCACGAACACUCCUUUUCUCAUUGCUCGCACCGUCAACACCGUUGAUUGGCCACGGACUCGAGAACGAUCUCAACGCCACUCGUAUAAUCCAUCCAGCCUUGGUCGAUACUAUUCUGCUGUAUCCGCACAAAGCUGGACUACCUGCUCGGAUGGGUCUGAAGCAUCUGAUGAGCUACCACCUGAACCGUCAGAUCCAACAAGAAACCGGCCCCAAGAUGCUAGGCCACGAUUCGGCCGAGGACGCCAGGGCAGCCGGCGACCUCGCAAAGCUACGGGUCGUGGAAGAGUGGGGGAAGAUGCAGCGGAUGGGCUGGAAGGUUGUUGAAGGUGAACUGAUCCAGCCUGAUACUUGACAGCUUCAUCAUUCAUGCAUUGGGUUGGGCUAGAAGCCCACCGUGGGUGUUGUUUUGCGGCGUUUGGUGGGCUUGAUACAUAGCGGACCGUUCUACGGAGUCACAAUUUGAGAACUGCGAGUG